AUGUCUAUACCAAUUUUAUAUAAUAAACCUUCAGAGGAAGAAUACGAGGUUGAAAAAAUUAUAGAUCAAAAAACAGAAGAAAAUGGCAUUAUAUAUUACCUUUUAAAAUGGAGGGGAUAUGAUGAUUCCUAUAACACUUGGGAACCAUUUCAAAAUCUUAAUUGCUCAGAGCUAAUUAAACAAUACAAAAGAGAACUUCGGUUAAAGAGUGAAAUGAGUUUAAAUGUAAAAGCUGAUUGUUCUGGACCAAAUACAUUAUCAUUCAAAGAAUUUCUUAGAAGAAAAAGACAAACAAAAGGUGUUAUUGAUUUUGAAACUAUGUUGAACAAUAGUGUUAAAGAUGGGCCAAUCAUUCCUGUUAUCAAUGAAAUAGAUGAUGAAGGGCCACCACCUAAUUUCACAUAUGUAGAUUAUUAUAUAUAUGGAAAUAAUGUUCCAAGGCCUGAAAAUUUAAAGGGAGGCUUAGCAGGCUGUGAUUGUGAUGAAGGAAGUUGCAAAGGAUAUCAAUGUAAAUGUUUUAAUGAACAUAAUCAAGGUAAAUUAAAUUAUGAAAGAUAUACACAUCAACUGCGUGUAAAACCAGGGAAUGCAAUAUAUGAAUGCAAUUCCAAAUGUUCCUGUAGUAUUGACUGUCCUAAUCGUGUGACUCAAUGGGGACGUAAGGUACCUUUAGCAAUACAAAGAUUUAAAGAAAAGGGUUGGGGUGUUGUAGCAAUUAAAAAAAUAUCCUCUGGGGCAUUCAUUACAUAUUAUUAUGGUGAAUUAAUAACCACAGAAGAGGCUGAUACAAGAGGCACAACUUAUGACGAAGUUGGUAGGACUUAUUUAUUUGAUCUUGAUUUCUCUACGGCAAAUGAUCAAAAUCUCUAUACAAUAGAUGCUAGUAAUUAUGGAAAUAUAUCACAUUUUUUAAAUCAUUCAUGUGAUCCUAAUUUAAUUGUUGUGCCUAUAGUAAAUGACAAUGCUGAUAUAAGAUUACAUCACGUUGCAUUCUUUUCAAAAAGAGAUAUUGCCCCUGGUGAAGAGUUAACUUUUAAUUAUAAUGGUUCAAUUGAAUAUCCUGAAGAAAUAUCUGAAUACUUGGGCGAAGAUGAAGAUAAUACAAAAUUCAAAAAUAAAUAUAUUUGCAAAUGUGCUUCAGAAAAUUGUAAAGGCUACUUUCAUUCUUAA